AUGGAUUUUCAUGACAUGCGCCACAAGAAAGCCCCUUCUUUGAUGGGCCGCCCCCAAGCUUGGACCAUAAUUGAGAUUGCCAGUGUCAAUGCCAAUGUUGGUGCUAUUACCAUUUGUCAUCUGACCAAAGUUCAUGUCUCUGCACCUCACCUGUUGGCCCACGCCAUAGCAAACAUUUACUUGGAAUUGGAGCAUAAUCAGGGAUGUUGGUGGGCAAAGAAUAUAGCUUCUGUUGCCUUCAGUGAGCCAGAGGAAGAGGAAGAGGAAGAUGAAGACAAAGACAAAAACAAAGACAAAGACAAAGAUGCAGAAGAAGAGGACAAGAAUGAGGAUGAGAGAAGAUGA